AUGUCACGAACCAUUACGUUUGAUAUCCCUUCCCAAUAUCAAUUAGUGGACCUUAUUGGCGAAGGAGCAUAUGGAACAGUAUGUUCCGCUGUUCAUAAACCUUCCAAUACAAAGGUUGCCAUUAAAAAGAUUCAACCUUUCAGUAAACCCAUGUUUGUUACGAGAACACUUCGAGAAAUCAAAUUGUUACGGUAUUUUCAUAAUCAUGAAAAUAUCAUUAGUAUCCUAGAUAAGGUGAAACCUCCAUCCAUAGAUGAAAUGAAGGCGGUAUAUUUAAUUCAAGAGUUAAUGGAGACAGAUUUACAAAAAAUUAUUAAUAAUAACCAACAAUCGUUAAGUGAUGAUCACAUUCAAUACUUCACAUAUCAAAUUCUGAGAGCAUUAAAAUCCAUCCAUAGUGCUAGAGUAAUACAUAGAGAUUUAAAGCCAUCCAACCUUUUACUUAACUCAAAUUGUGAUUUAAAAGUCUGUGAUUUUGGAUUAUCGCGAUGUUUAGCAAGUAGUUCCGAUACUAGAGAAAACCUUGUAGGAUUUAUGACAGAAUAUGUAGCCACGAGGUGGUAUCGUGCACCAGAAAUCAUGUUAACGUUUCAAGAAUAUACUACAGCAAUGGAUAUUUGGUCAGUUGGUUGUAUUUUAGCAGAAAUGCUAUGUGGGAAACCAUUAUUCCCAGGUAAGGAUUACCAUCAUCAGUUAUGGUUGAUUUUGGAAGUCUUAGGGACCCCAUCUUAUGAUGACUUCGAACAAAUUAAAUCUCAGAGGGCUAAAGAAUAUAUAUCAAAUUUACCUGUAAGACCACGCUUACCUUGGGGUAUGGUUCUUAAUAACAAUAUGAAUGGCCCCAAUAAUCGAAAUAGAGAAUUUAACUCUGAUUUGUUGGAUCUACUGACUAAGAUGUUGAUGUUUAACCCUAAUAAGAGAAUAAGCGCCGAAGAAGCAUUGAGACAUCCAUACUUAGCAACAUAUCAUGACCCAGAAGAUGAACCAGAGUACCCACCUUUAGACUUAGAAGAUGAGUUUUGGAAGCUAGAUAACGAAAUCAAGAAACCAGGUGAAGAAGAAUUAUCAAUGGAAAUUUUGAAGCAAAUGUUAUUCGAUGAAAUUAUUAAACCAUUGAAUUGA